AUGGAGGAGAAGAGAGAGGCUAUCGUGCUGCUGCCAUCACAGGAAAGUCACGUGAAAAAGCUCCUUAGCAUCCUUCGGCGUCAUGCAUUUGCUCUUGACUUCUCCAGUUUAGGGUCCGGAAAGACAUUUUCGAGCAGUAAGAUUGCCUUCAAGCUCGGAAUGCCCCACGUGGUCGUGGUUUGCCCGGUAUCCGUCCAACCAAAAUGGCAGGAGAUGAAGGACAGGUACGGGGUGCCAAUCAAGCACAACUUGAGCUACUGUGGAGUCCGUUCCAUGAAGGGCAAGCAGCCAAAGCACGGGCUUCUGACCCGAAGGGACUACACUGUGGCCGUCCCUCAGCCUCGCGGGGAGCCUCGGCGCGUGGAGAAGACCGACUUUGUGAUCACCGACGCCUUCAGGUCGCUCCUGGCAGAGGGCGUUCUCCUGAUCGCGGACGAGAUGCAGCACCUCAAGAACGUGUCCUCGCAGUUUGCCGCCUGCCAGGCACUGAUCAAGGCGAUUAAGGAGUCGUGCGAGGCCGGGGGCCGGUCGAGAGUGCUUAUGCUGUCGGGGAGCCCGAUCGACAAGCAGGAGCAAGCCGUCACCCUCUUCCGUUCCCUGAACGUCAUGCACCAUGCGGAGCUGUGCAAGUUCAAUCCGGGGCUCAGGCAGAUGGAGCUGCGUGGCAUCUCGGACAUCAUCGAGUUCUGCCGGAGCGUCGACCCCGUUGUCACAGACCGUAUCUUGGCAGGGAAGCGCUACUGGAUGUGCUCAGAGUCCGUGAUGCGGCCCAUGUGCUACACCCUGUUCCAGGAAGUCGUCAAGCCGCACUUUUCCAGCGCGAUGCCGCCCCCCGUACCCGGCUGCACCCUGCACAAGACGAACGCUUUCUACCGGAUUGACAACGAAGAAGACCGGAGAACCAUGUCAGUGGGCCUGAGGGCCUUGGAGUGUGCCGUUCACUACAACCACAGGACGGUGCAUAUGAUGUUCGCAAAGCACGCGCACGAGCUGCCAAUCCUCGACGCGCUCUCCCGAAAGGGUGGCGUGAUGCGGGAGACGACGCCCGAGCAGGUGGCUGCGGGCAUCCUGUUUCCCGGCAGCUUUCCCAGCUGGGUGGAGGAGGAUCUCGAGACUUCGCUGAAGAGGGCGGGUCUCGAGGGCCUGAAGUCUAACGCGAAGCGACGUAAGUGGGCGCGGCGCGUCAUUGGAGCUGCAGUCAUGGAGUGGGGAUCACGGCCUGGGGGAGUUCUCUACAACCUGGCAAUGCAGCGGUUCGCUGAGAGUGUGAGGAGCAUAGAAGCAUGA